CUACCGCCUCCACAGUCCACACCACUUCGCCGGCCAUGUCAAAUCGCCGCGUCUCGCCGCCGGAGCCGUUCAUCGGCGUCAGCAUGGAGCGGUUUGAGGCCAGCCUGGAGAGCGACGGCCUCGGACCCGGGUCGCUGGGGCCCGGCAUGGACAUGGUGAGGACCGUCGUCCAAUGCUCCCUCCCCAUGCCGCCCGUCUCCCCCGCCGCCCCUCUCUCGCUCGCCGGCGCGGCCUGGCUCCCCGGCGGCGCCGACCGCAUCAGCGCCCUCCCCGACCGCCUCCUCCGCGACAUCAUCUCCCGCCUCCCCGCCGCGGACGGCGCGCGCACCGCGGCGCUCGCCUCGCGCUGGCGCCCCCUCUGGCGCUCGGCGCCCCUCGUCGUCGCCGACACCCACUUCCUCCCGCUCGGCGUCGGCGAGGAGGACUCAUCCAGGGUCGCCGACCUCGUCACCCGCGUGCUCGCGGCGCACCCGGGCCCCUUCCGCUGCGUCCACCUCACACGCACCGCCAUGGACGCGCACCGGGGCGAGAUCGCGCGCUGGCUCGACGUCCUCGCCGCCAAGGGCGUCCAAGAGCUCGCCUUUAUCAACCGCCCGUGGCCGCUCGACAUCCGCCUCCCCGCCACGCUCUUCCGCUGCGCCCCCCUCACCCGCCUCUUCCUCAGCGCCUGGAGGCUCCCGGACACGGCCGCCGUCCCGCGCUCCGCCGCCUUCCCCAACCUCCGGGAGCUCGGUCUCUCCCUCGUCGCCGUGGAGGACCGCGACCUCGCCUUCCUGCUCGACAGAAGCCCCGUCCUGGAGAUCCUCACCGUCAUUCUGUCACAGGUCCCGGUGCGCCUCCGCCUCGUCAGCCACAGCGUGCGCUGCGUCCAGCUCUGCUAUUCCAUCGUGGCGGAGGUCUUGGUGGUGGACGCCCCUCGCCUGGAGAGCCUCUUGCAGUCAUGGGGCCUCGGCAGUAAGUCCCAGAGGUGCUGCAGGGUUAAGAUUGGCCAUGCGCCCAAGCUGCGUGUUAUUGGAUACCUUCAGCCAGGAGAGCAUGACUUGGAGAUUGGCAACACCAGUAUCAAGGCUGGGACUAAGUUGACCAUCAGCACCCUUGUCCCGAGUGUCGAGAUCCUGGCCUUGGAACUUAAAUUCCAAGUCCGCAGUGACCUCAAGAAAGUGCCUAACUUCCUCCGAUGUUUUCCCAACAUCGAGACGCUCCAUAUCCAGUCUGAGAAGGCGUGUGAGGAGCCUACCGGCAAGGUCGGUCUCAAGUUUUGGCUGGAGGGCGGUCCUAUAACGUGUAUCCGGCAGCAAUUGAAGAAGUUGAUAUUCCGUGAGUUCCGAGGGUCGACAAAUGAAGUUGCUUUCCUUAAGUUCGUCGCCGAGAAGGCUCGGGUGCUGGAGAAGAUGGUGGUUGUGGUCUACUUGUCUUCGGGGGUUGGCGUGAGUGCCAUGCUGAAGCCUCUGACUUGUGCAAAAUGGGCAAAUGAAGCUUGCAAACUCCAAGUAUACAAGAGCAUAUACAGCGAUGGGUCACGGCCGGUUUAUGGCGUCAGGCUGGCAUCGGAGGUUUUGCCCGCUGACCCUUUUGACUUGAAAGACUAUUAUGAAUCGCUGCUGUAAGGUUAAUAGUUAGUAGCAUUGUUCCUCUGUUAGAAGACAUUCUGGCAGGUACUUAGAUCUGAUUGUUAUCAGACAACCUUUAUCUAUCUAUCUAUCUGCAGUUCAUGUCAUUUCUUUAGCAAGUUGCUUCCGUGAUGUUACAUCACAAAACUUGCGCUAAAUAUGUACCAGUACCAGUAUCCUAGUACAAGGUGUUCCUUGGAAUGUUGGCUGUCUUUAGCUUAUUAU